AUGAGCCUCAACUGCGAGACCUGUCGGGAUCCGGCGAGAACCGACGCGGAACAGUCUGUGCCAAGAUCGCGGCCGCAAAACAAGCCAACUCGAGGCACACUCGAAAUGACGAGGCUUCCACUUGACUUUGCCGCGAAAUCUGGCCGCCAUCUUGUCGAGUCCCGCUCUCACCUGCUCGGUUCACGCCCGGCUUGUGGCAUUCAAAUGCGAGAAGCCCAUGCAUGGGCUGGGAUCAAAGGGAGGGGGGUGAUUGGCAAAGUGGUGCGGCUGCGCUGCCGACAGUGCGAGUGUGGGCGCAUCUCGUGGAGCCAGCGCGAACAGCUUCGCGUUGCCAAGGGAAAAGACUUUUUGAAGCCUGCACAGCCGAGCAAUUGUGCAUGGGAAAGUUGGACGUGCGUUGAAGACGUGGAAGCCUUCAAAAAAAGAAUGAGUAAGAGUGCAGCUCGACUGAGCAUGUCGACGGACAAACUUGUUCUCUUGUCC